AACCAUUGCCCGCAUGCUAAACGUGCCUUUUACCAUAGUGGAUGCCACAGUUCUUACGGAGGCCGGCUAUGUGGGAGAAGAUGUGGAGGAAGAGCAAACGCUUACAGUAGAUGAAGACUACGCUUCACAGAAAAUGGAGAAGAUGUCUCCAUCCCAUAUCGGAAACAGGCUUGGAGCAGGCCGUUGCCGCAUCAAGCACAUCGGCAAGUUCUUCAAGCAUUCCCCAGUUAUCCGGGCCUUUCAUACCACGACCACCGGAAACUACUUUUUCCGCUUCGGGCAGAAGGAUCUUCCCUUUCACACGGUCUACAUCGGUAACUUCUACGGUGCCACUAAUGAUGAUGGUAUCUGCGCCUUCCUGUUCAGCUACUGCUUUCAAAGCAUUAGCUGCUUUAAAGUUAUCGAACUGGGCGUAAUCAUCACCGCCGUUGCCGAAGCCAUGAGCGAGGAAAUGCGCAGAGAUGAAAAUAUUUAUCUCAUGGGUGAGGAAGUGGCCGAAUAUAAUGGUGCCUACAAAGCUUCUAAAGGUAUGCUGGAUGAGUUUGGUGCCAAGCGCGUAAUUGAUACGCCAAUUUCAGAACUUGGCUUUGCAGGCAUCGGAGUAGGGUCUGCCAUGAAUGGUUUACGUCCCAUUAUUGAAUUCAUGACCUUCAACUUCUCGCUGGUGGCCAUUGAUCAGAUCAUUAAUAAUGCGGCUAAAAUGUAUCAGAUGAGUGGUGGUCAGUUGAAUAUACCCAUUACUUUCCGGGGUCCUACAGCAUCAGCUGGUCAGCUGGGAGCUACCCAUUCACAGGCCUUUGAGAACUGGUUUGCCAAUACUCCGGGCUUAAAAGUGGUGGUGCCUUCUACUCCUUAUGAUGUAAAAGGACUUUUGAAAAGUGCUAUUCGUGAUGAUGAUCCGGUUUUGAUCAUGGAAUCCGAACAGAUGUAUGGCGAUAAAGGAGAAGUACCAGAGGAAGAAUAUACGCUUGAAAUAGGAAAAGCUAAUAUUCGCAGAGAGGGUAGCGAUGUAACUAUAGUUUCUUUCGGUAAAAUUAUAAAAGAAGCCAUGAAGGCUGCGGAAGAGCUGGAAAAAGAAGACAUUAGCUGUGAGGUUAUUGACCUGCGCACCGUUAGGCCUAUUGAUUACGAUACGGUGAUCCAAUCGGUAAAGAAAACCAACCGGAUGGUAUUUCUGGAAGAAGCCUGGCCAUUGAGCUCAAUUGCCACUGAAGUUUCCUUUGUAGUGCAGCGUGAGGCUUUUGAUUUUCUGGAUGCUCCCAUCCGCAGACUUACCACUGCAGAUACCCCAAUGGCCUAUUCUCCCACGCUGGUAAAUGAGUUUCUGCCCAAUGCCAAGCAGGUGAUGAGCUAUUUUGUGGUCAUUGCCGGUCUUCUGCUCGGGUAUUCCGGUUCUGUGAUGGGCCUUGGCGUUGCCGGCCUUGCGGUAUUGGGAAUGGGUAAAGUAGAAGCUGGUAUUCCGGAAGAUGAUAUUAGAAACCCGGCCACUAUUGCCGAUAAUGUGGGUGAUAACGUGGGCGAUGUUGCCGGUAAUACUACUGCUGCUACCGGUAAAGGUUUUGCCAUUGCUUCGGCUGCUCUUACUGCUUUAGCUCUUUUUGCGGCCUUUGUGGGUAUUGCAGGCAUUGACAGUAUUGAUAUUUACAAAGCACCUGUAUUGGCCAUGCUAUUUGUUGGAGGUAUGAUUCCUUUCAUCUUCUCUUCACUGGCCAUCUCGGCUGUGGGCCGCGCUGCUAUGGCCAUGGUACACGAGGUUAGACGUCAGUUUAAGGAGAUCCCCGGUAUUAUGGAAUACAAGGCUAAGCCCGAGUAUGACAAGUGUGUGGAGAUUUCCACCAAAGCUUCUAUCCGUGAAAUGAUGUUGCCCGGUGCUAUAGCGCUUAUCACUCCGGUACUUGUAGGUUUUGGAUUUAAAGGUGUGUUCCCUGAAACUUCGUCUGCAGAAAUGCUGGGUGGCCUUUUGGCUGGUGUAACCGUAAGUGGUGUGUUAAUGGGUAUUUUCCAGAACAACGCUGGUGGUGCCUGGGAUAAUGCUAAAAAGUCUUUUGAGCAAGGGGUUGAAAUUGAUGGCAAAAUGGAAUACAAAGGUUCUGAGGCUCACAAAGCUUCUGUAACUGGUGAUACCGUUGGUGAUCCUUUCAAAGACACUUCCGGUCCUUCUAUGAAUAUUCUUAUCAAGCUGAUGUCAAUUGUAUCGUUGGUUAUUGCUCCGCACAUUCAGGCAGAUGAUGCAAUGG